GCCGCCCUCGGCAUAAACAGGCGGGCGUGGGUGCGCAUGGGGCGUGCGGGGCGCUCGGGCUGCGGGCAGUGAGCUGUGCUCGCCCCGGAGCAGCGGCCUGGGAGCAGCGGCCGGGAGCAGCUGGCCUUGGCGCAGGAGGGGAGGCCUGCUGGGCGCAGGGUCCAUCAUGGCCAGUGGCAGCUGUCAGGGGUGCGAGGAGGAGGACGAGGAAACUUUGAAGAAGUUGAUAGUCAGGCUGAACAAUCUCCAGGAAGGAAAGCAGAUAGAGACGCUGGUCCAAACUCUGGAGGAUAUACAGGUGUUCACCUACGCUGACCACGCCGCCAAGUUAUUUCAAGGCAAAAAUGUCCACGUGCCUCUGUUGAUCGUCUUGGACUCCUAUGUGAGAGUGGCCUGCGUGCAGCAGGUGGGUUGGUCACUUCUAUGCAAAUUAAUAGAAAUCUGUCCAGAUACAAUGCAAAGCUUAACGGGACCCCAGGACAUUGGAUGCGAUUGGGAAGUCCUUGGUAUUCACCAACUGAUUAUUAAAAUGCUUACAGUUCAUAAUGCCAGUAUAAACCUUUCAAUGGUUGGACUGAAGGCCUUAGAUCUCCUUCUAACUUCAGGUAAAAUCACUUUGCUGAUAUUGGAUGAAGACAGCGAUAUUUUCUUAUUAAUUUUUGAUGCCAUGAAAAAGUUUUCAGCCAAUGACGAGGUCCAGAAACUUGGAUGCAAAGCUUUACAUGUGCUAUUUGAGAGAGUUUCAGAGGAGCAACUGACUGAAUUUGUCGAGAAUAAAGAUUAUAUGAUAUUGCUAACUGCGUUAAAAAACUUUAAAGAUGAGGAGGAAAUUGUGCUUUACGUACUGCGCUGUUUACAUUCCCUAGCAAGUCCUUGCAACAAUGUUGAAGUCCUCAUGAGUGGCAACGUCAGGUGUUACAACAUUGUGGUAGAAGCCAUGAAAGCAUUCCCUGUCAAUGAAAAAAUUCAAGAAGUGAGUUGCUGCUUGCUCCAUAGACUUACGUUAGGUAAUUUUUUUAAUAUCCUGGUAUUAAACGAGGUGCAUGAGUUUGUGGUGGAAGCUGUGCAGCGGUAUUCAAAGAAUGCAACGCUGCAAAUCGCCGGGCUCAGCUGUUUAGCGCUCCUCACUGAGACCAUUUUUUUAAAUCAAGACUUAGAGGUAAAGAAUGAAAAUGAGGAGAAUGAAGAUGAUGAGGAAGAAGAUAAAUUGUUUUGGCUAGAAGCCUGUUACAAAGCCCUAACUUGGCAUAGAAAGAACAAGCAUGUGCAGGAGGCUGCCUGCUGGGCCUUAAACAAUCUCCUUAUGUAUCAGAACAGUUUGCACGAGAAGAUUGGAGAUGAAGAUGGCCAGUUCCCAGCUCAUCGGGAAGUGAUGCUCUCCAUGCUGAUGCAUUCUUCGUCAAAAGAAGUCUUUCAGGCAUCUGCAAACGCUUUGUGCACUCUCCUAGAACAAAAUGUUAAUUUCAGAAAAAUCCUGUUGUCAAAAGGAAUCUACCUGAAUGUGCUGGAGUUGAUGAAGAGGCAUCUACACUCCCCUGAAGUGGCUGAAAGUGGCUGCAAAAUGCUGAAUCAUCUUUUUGAAGGAAGUAACAUUUCCCUGGAUGUAAUGGCAGCAGUGGCCCCCAAAAUAAUAACAGUUAUGAAAAGUCACGGGACAUCAUUGUCAGUGCAGCUGGAGGCACUUCGAGCCAUUUUACAUUUUAUGCUUCCAGGCAUGCCAGAGGAAUUCACAGAAGAUACCGAAUAUCAACACAAGCUAAAAAUGGUUACAAAUCAGUGUUUCAGGAAUGAUAUUCACAAACUGGUCCUGGGAUCUUUAAACAGGUUCAUUGGAAAUCCUGGGAUUCAGAAAUGUGGAUUAAAAGUAAUUUCUUCUAUAGCACGUUUCCCUGAUGCCUUAGAGGUGUUAUCUCUGGAAGGUGCUAUUGAAUCGGUGCUGCAAACACUGAAGAUGUAUCCGGAUGACCAAGAAAUUCAGCGUCUGGGUUUAAGUCUUAUAGGAUGCUUGAUUACAAAGAAGAAUUUAAUCCUAGGAAUUGAGAAUCUGCUGGCAAAAAUUCUGGUUUCCAGUUUGCAACGAUUUAAAGAUAUUACUGAAUUACAGACUAAAGGAUUUCAGACAGUCUUGACUGUGCUAGAAUGCUCAGAGUCUUUUUCCAAGCUGUUGGUGCAUUAUUCCUUUGACUCAGUAAUAUUCCAUCAGAUGUCCUCCAGUCUCAUGGAACAGAAGGAUCAACAGUUUCUAAACCUUUGUUGCAAGUGCUUUGCAAAAUUAGCCAUGGAUGAUGAGUUAAAAGGUGUGAUGCUAGAGAGAGCAUGCGAUCAGAAUAACAGCAUCAUGGUUGAAUGCUUGCUUCUGUUGGGAGCAGACGCCAAUCGAGCAAAGGAGGGAACUUCUUUAAUUUGUCAGGUGUGUGAAAAAGCAAGCAGUCCUAAACUGGUGGAACUGUUACUGAAUAGUGGGUCCCGUGAACAAGACGUACGGAAAGCGCUGGCCAUAAGCAUCAGGAAAGGCGACAGCCAGGUCAUCAGUUUGCUCCUAAAGAGGCUUGCCCUGGAUCUGGCCAAUAACAGCAUAUGCCUCGGAGGAUUUUGUAUCGGGAAAAUCGAACCUUCUUGGCUUGGUCCUUUAUUUCCAGACAAGACAUGCAAUUCAAGAAAAGAAAUAAAUAUAGGAUCCAUACUAGCAAGAAUGGUCCUCAGAUACCAGAUGAAAAGUUCUGUGGCAGAGGGAGCAGCCUCAGGCAGCGAUGGGGAUUUUUCUGAGCAAGUACUUGAUAAAUUUGACCAAUGGACCUUCAUUCCUGAGUCCUACGUGGACAGUGUGUUUGGACAAAGUGAUGACCUAGAUAGCGAAGGAAGUGAAGGCUCAUUUCUUGUGAAAAAGAAGUCAAGUUCUAUUAGUGUAGGAGAAUUUUACCGAGAUCCUGCCUUGCAACGUUGUUCACCAAAUUUGCAAAGUCAUUCCAGUUCAUUGGGACCCAUUUUUGAUCAAGAAGACUUACUGAAGCGAAAAAGAAAAAUAUUGUCUUCAGAUGAUUCACUCAGGUCAUCAAAACUUCCAUCCCAUAUGAGGCAUUCAGACAGCACUUCUUCCCUGGCUUCUGAGAGAGAAUAUAUUACAUCCCUAGAUCUUUCAGCCAACGAACUCAGAGAUAUUGAUGCCCUAAGCCAGAAGUGCUGCAUCAGUGGUCAUCUGGAGCACCUGGCAAGGCUGGAGCUUCACCAGAACGCACUCACGGGCUUCCCACAGCGGCUAUGUGAAGUGCUGAAGUGUUUGACGCACUUGGACUUGCACAGUAAUAAGUUCACAGCGUUUCCCUCCUACUUGUUGAAAAUGAAUUGUAUUGCCAACCUUGAUGUCUCUCGAAAUGACAUUGGGCCCUCGAUAGUUUUGGAUCCUGCAGUGAAGUGUCCGACCUUGAAACAGUUCAACCUGUCAUAUAACCAGCUGUCUUCUGUUCCCGAGAACCUGGGCAAUGUGGCAGAGAAACUGGAGCAGCUGACUUUAGAAGGAAAUAAAAUAUCAGGAAUGUGUUCUCCCCUGAGCCUGAAGGAACUGAAGAUUUUAAAUCUUAGUAAAAACAACAUUUCAUCCCUGUCAGAGGACUUUCUUGAGGCUUGUCCUAAAGUGGAGAGUUUCAGCGCCAGAAUGAACUCCCUUGCUGCUAUGCCUUUUUUACCUUCUUCUAUGACAAACAUCAAAUUAUCUCAAAACAGAUUUACAUGUGUUCCAGAAGCAAUUUUAAAUCUUCCACACUUGCGAUCAUUAGACAUGAGCAGCAACGAAAUUAAAUACCUACCAAGUCCUGUACACUGGAAAUCUUUGAACUUAAGGGAACUCUUGUUUAGUCAUAAUCAGAUCAGCAUCUUGGACUUGAGCGAAAAAGCACAUGCAUGGUCUAGAAUAGAGAAACUACAUCUUUCUCAUAAUAAACUGAAAGAGAUUCCUCCUGAGAUUGGCUGUCUUGAAAACCUGACAUCUCUUGAUGUUAGUUACAACUUGGAACUGAGAUCCUUUCCCAAUGAAAUGGGGAAAUUGAGCAAAAUAUGGGAUCUUCCUUUGGAUGAGCUGCGUCUUAAUUUUGAUUUUAAGCAUAUAGGAUGUAAAGCCAAAGACAUCAUAAGGUUUCUUCAACAGCGGUUAAAAAAGGCUGUGCCCUAUAACCGCAUGAAACUUAUGAUUGUGGGAAACACUGGGAGUGGUAAAACCACCUUAUUGCAGCAAUUAAUGAAAACCAAGAAACCAGAUGCUGGGAUGCAGAGUGCCACCGUUGGCAUAGACGUGAAGGACUGGCCUAUCCAAAUAAGAGGCAAAAGGAAGAAAGACCUGAUUCUAAAUGUGUGGGAUUUUGCAGGUCGGGAGGAAUUCUACAGCACGCAUCCGCACUUCAUGACCCCCCGAUCCCUGUACCUCGCCGUCUAUGACCUCAGCAAAGGGCAGGCUGAAGUUGAUGCUAUGAAGCCUUGGCUAUUCAAUAUAAAGGCUAGAGCUUCCUCUUCCCCUGUGAUUCUUGUGGGCACACAUUUGGAUGUUUCUGAUGAGAAGCAGCGCAAAGCCUGCAUCAGUAAAAUCAACAAGGAGCUCUUGAACAAGCGGGGCUUUCCCGCAAUCCGCGAUUACCACUUUGUGAACGCCACCGAGGAAUCCGAUGCUUUGGCAAAACUUCGGAAAACCAUCAUAAAUGAGAGCCUCAAUUUCAAGAUCCGAGAUCAGCCUGUUGUUGGGCAGCUGAUUCCAGACUGCUAUGUAGAACUUGAGAAAAUCAUUUUAUCAGAGCGUAAAAAUGUGCCAAUUGAAUUUCCUGUAAUUGACCGGAAACAAUUAUUACAACUCGUGAAAGAAAAUCAACUGCAGUUAGAUGAAAAUGAGCUUCCUCAUGCAGUGCACUUCCUAAAUGAAUCAGGGGUCCUUCUUCAUUUUCAAGACCCAGCACUGCAGUUAAGUAACUUAUAUUUUGUGGAACCCAAGUGGCUUUGUAAAGUCAUGGCACAGAUUUUGACAGAGAAAGUAGAAGGCGGUCCAAAAUAUCCUAAAGGAAUUAUUUCACGUAGAAGUGUGGAAAAAUUUCUUUCAAAGAAAAAGAGAUUUCCAAAGAACUACACACAACAGUACUUCAAACUCCUAGAAAAAUUUCAGAUUGCCUUGCCAAUAGGAGAAGAAUAUUUGCUGGUUCCAAGCAGUCUGUCUGACCACAGGCCUGUGAUAGAGCUCCCCCAUUGUGAGAACUCUGAAAUUAUCAUUCGACUAUAUGAAAUGCCUUAUUUUCCAAUGGGAUUUUGGUCAAGAUUAAUCAAUCGAUUACUUGAAAUUUCACCUUACAUGCUUUCAGGUAGAGAACGAGCACUUCGCCCAAACAGAAUGUAUUGGCGACAAGGCAUCUAUUUGAAUUGGUCUCCUGAAGCUUAUUGCCUGGUAGAAUCUGAAGUUUUAGAUAAUCAUCCAGAGAGUUUCCUAAAAAUUACAGUUCCUUCUUGUAGAAAAGGCUGUAUUAUUUUGGGACAAGUUGUGGACCACAUUGAUUCUCUCAUGGAAGAAUGGUUUCCUGGGUUAUUGGAGAUUGAUAUUUGUGGUGAAGGAGAAACUUUGUUGAAGAAAUGGGCAUUAUAUAGUUUUAAUGAUGGCGAAGAACAUGAAAAAAUCUUACUUGAUGACUUGAUGAAGAAAGCAGAAGAAGGAGACCUCCUAGUAAAUCCAGAUCAACCAAGGCUCACCCUUCCAAUAUCCCAGAUUGCUCCUGACUUGAUUUUGGCUGACCUGCCUAGAAAUAUUAUGUUGAACAGUGAUAAAUUGGAAUUUGAACAAGCUCCCGAAUUUCUCUUAGGUGAUGGCAGUUUUGGAUCAGUGUAUCGAGCAACCUACGAAGGAGAUGAAGUGGCCGUAAAGAUAUUUAAUAAACAUACAUCACUUAGACUGUUAAGACAGGAGCUGGUGGUGCUUUGCCACCACCACCACCCCAGCUUGGUCUUUUUGCUGGCGGCUGGCAUUCGUCCCCGGAUGCUGGUGAUGGAGCUGGCCCCCAAGGGCUCCCUGGACCGCCUGCUGCAGCAGGACACAGCCAGUCUCACGCGGACUCUGCAGCAUAGGAUCGCGCUCCAUGUGGCUGACGGCUUGAGAUACCUCCACUCGGCCAUGAUCAUAUACCGGGAUUUGAAGCCCCACAAUGUGCUGCUCUUCACCUUGUAUCCCAAUGCCGCCAUCAUCGCCAAGAUCGCUGACUACGGGAUUGCUCAGUACUGCUGCAGAAUGGGCAUCAAAACAUCGGAGGGCACACCAGGCUUUCGUGCACCUGAAGUUGCUAGAGGAAAUGUAAUUUAUAACCAACAGGCUGAUGUUUAUUCAUUUGGUUUACUACUGUAUGACAUUUUGACAACUGGAGGUAGAAUAGCAGAGGGUUUGAAGUUUCCAAAUGAGUUUGAUGAAUUGGCAAUACAAGGCAAAUUACCAGAUCCAGUUAAAGAAUAUGGUUGUGCCCCGUGGCCUAUGGUUGAGAAGUUAAUUAAAAGGUGUUUAAAAGAAAAUCCUCAAGAAAGGCCUACAUCUGCCCAGGUCUUUGACAUUUUGAACUCGGCGGAGUUAAUCUGUCUGAUGAGACACAUAUCCAUACCCAAAAACUUCACUGUGGAGUGCAUGGUUGCUGCAAAUCAGAGCUGCAAGAAUGCCAGCAUCUGGCUGGGCUGCGGGCCCAGAGACAGAGGCCAACUCUCCCUUCUUGACUUAACUACUGAAAGACUUACUUCGGAGGAAGUUACCAAUAGCAGAAUACUGUGCCUCGCCUUGGUGCACCUGCCUGUGGAAAAGGAAAGCUGGAUUGUGUCUGGGACACAGUCUGGCGAGCUCCUUGUCAUUAAUUCUGAAGAUGGGAAAAAGAUGCAUACCCUUGAAAAGAUGACUGAUUCUGUUACUUGCUUGCAUUGCAAUUCCAAUUCCAAACAAAGCAAGCAAAAAAAUUUUCUUUUGGUGGGAACUGCUGAUGGCAACUUAGCAAUUUUUGAAGAUAAAAGUGUUAAGUGUAAAGGAGCUGCUCCUUUGAAGAUACUCAAUAUAGGAAAUAUCAGCACUCCACUCAUGUGUUUGAGUGAAUCCGUGAAUUCAACUGAAAAAAACAUUAUGUGGGGAGGAUGUGGCACAAAACUUUUCUCGUUUUCUGAUGAUUUCACCAUUCAGAAACUCAUUGAGACCAGGACGACUCAGGUGUUUUCUUAUGCAGCUGUCAGUGACUCCAACAUCAUAGCAGUGGUGGCGGACAGGGCUCUCUACAUUGCUAAGAAAAAUAGCCCAUUUGUGGAAGUGUGGGAUAAGAAAACGGAAAAACUCUGUGAACUAAUAGACUGUGCGCACUUUUUAAAGGAGGAAAUGGUGAAAGUGAACAAGGAGUCCAAACACAGUAUGUCUUACUCGGGGAGAGUGAAAACUCUCUGCCUACAGAAGAACAGUGCUCUCUGGAUUGGAACCGGGGGAGGCUACAUGCUACUCCUUGACCUUUCGACUCUCAGGCUCAUCCGUAUAAUUCACGACUUCUGUGACUCUGUCCGAGUCAUGAUGACAGCGCAGAUAGGAAGCCUUAAAAAUGCCAUGUUGGUUUUGGGAUAUACCUGGAAAAAUACUGAAGAUACGCAACACCAAAAAGAAUUACAAUCUUGCUUGUCUAUUUGGGACAUCAAUCUUCCACAUGAAGUGCAAAAUUUAGAAAAACAUAUUGAAGUGAGAAAAGAAUUAGCUGAAAGAAUGAGAAGAAUAACUGUUGAAUAGGAGGGAUAGCACAUAUUUUUAUCUUUGGAUGGAAAAAUUAAUCUCUUGUAAAUACUUCUUUAAAAAAUGUUUACAUAUGAAAAGGGUAUUCCCACUCUUUGAAGUAGCUCAUGUGUAUAUGAAGGAAUGUUUAUAUGUUUUAUUUUAAAGGUAAAUAUUGUAAAAAUAGUUACCAUUGAAAAAGAUCUAUUUAAAAUGUAAUAUUAUAAUUCCUAUGUAUCCUAAUUAAUUUUAUGAAUUAAGUAAUGAAAGAAAAUCUAUAAAAAGUACUUAAUUACAGCACUUAUGCUACAAUUUACAACGUCUAAAAUUGUUUUGUUAUCCAUAAUGAAGGUAAACUUUAUUUUACAUUCUGUGCUUAAAACAAGACUAUAGCUUGAUUACUUUCCAGAUUUCCUGCAAAGUAGAUUAAAAUAUUUGGACAGUUUCUCAUAUAAUAUAUUCCUUCAGAUUGCUUUUAAAUACAGUUAUCAUAUAUGCUUGUAAAUAGUCAAUGCAUUUGCACUAAUAAAAUCCUAUAUUGUAAUGAAAGCCAAUUGGUUGCUGAUGCAAACAAUGCAUCUUACAACUUUACUCCCUCUGAAAGAAUGUGGCAUGAAACCACAAAAUGUACUGAUGGAGAAUGUCACACAUUGUCAAAGCCCUCACAUCCAGCCCUCCGUCUUUUCCUGUUUUGGUACUCUACCUGUGACUGUGGAUACCCUGAGUUUUAUAACAUGUAAAUGCAAUGUUCAGUUCUUCCAGUGAUAGUUUCAUGCUUUUAUUGUGAUUCUCAGUGCUAAGCCAGGCCACUCCCCACUCCUCACUGUUUCUACUCUUCUGUGCUUUAAUGUUCCUACUCAUCUCUUUUCUAAAUUUUUGGCCCUGCAAAUCCUACAUCAUUCAGGCAGACACCCUGUUUUCAGAACUGUAGAGUCCUACAAUUUCCACCCAGACCAUGGGGCCUAGUAUACAACACUCUUUAAUUUGCCGAAGAAGAAAGGAGCUUUAGCUAUGAUGGGUAUGUCCUAACGUAGUUUUCUAAAUUAUACAUAAAUUUUUAAAAUAUCGUCCUAUGAUAGGAGUAUUGGGGCCAAAUAUAUAGAUGACAAUUUGUCAUUUCUGCUUUAAAUAGAAAGAUUUGGUAAAUCAUUUCAAACAAUUCCCUAUGGUUGGAUUACUAGUCUAUUUAGUAUUUUCAGAACUGAUUGGCAUUUUAUUAUAUGAAGACUUUAGAUUUGUUUAUAUUAAGGGUAAUCAAAUUCUUUUGUGAAAUUUUAUUUUGUUUUGGUUUAAGGUAUAUGACUUAGUGGUUAGAUAAUCAUAUACUUUACAUAGUGUUCCCCUCAAUAUUUCCAGUACCCCAAUUGGCACCAUACAUAGCGAUCUCAAUAUGAUUGAUUACAUUCCCUAUGCUUUACUUCCUUUCCUGUGACUGUUUUGUAACUGCCAAUUUAUCUCUUCAUAUGUUUUACAAAAUGGAGGGCAAUCAAAUUCUUAACCUUGAAAGACUCUACUUUUUAAAGGGACCUAUGUUUUAAUUUGUUAUGUAGUUUUAAAAAGUCAGAAAUGAUGGAGCUGUUUGUUCCUGUGAAAUUUCUCAUUGUAACUUUGUAUUUAUAUGCAUUUUUUUUUUUACAAAAGACAAUUAUGGAGAAAUAUGUAAAUGAACAUUGUAUUUAAAUGGAAUAAUAAACAUUUUUUAAAGCCUG